UUUUUUGUUUUUCAUAAAGUAAUGUGUCAAAGUCUUUUAUAAACUGUUCAUAACUACGACUUGACCAUAGAUUUGUUUCUCUUCUAAGCAAAGGCAUAACACUAUUUUGCAAAAACCAAAAACAAAAAUGACCAGUCUCCUCUGUAUAACACUUGUUACCGUCUUCACAUUUACCAGAGUGUCAACUUUUGACUUUGUGGUGAAUCCAACCACCAUACAAAUCGGCUUCACAAAGUACAUGGAAGUAAACUGUUCAGCAAGAGCAGACAAAACAGCAAACUUCACCAGUCUGGUUUCCAUCAACGUCUUACACUCGGAGACCUCAGAAAACUCUGGCUUUCUGACGCUUGCAACCAUCGAUGUCUUUGACGGCGUCAAGGUGUUUGAGCAUGAGACGGCCGAGGGGUACAUCAACAGUGACGAGGAAUCCUACCUGCGCAUAAGCUGGACGUUCCCGUCCAAGUGGGACGGCGGCUGGUACAAGUGUGAGGUUCACGGUGUGAAUGCUGCGUGGCAUCCAGUCAAUUUCUCUAGGACUGUCAGCGUUAUUGCAGAGAAGCCAGACUUCGACUCCAUGAUCGAAGAGUUUAGAAUUCUCAGGGCCGGCGUCUCCAACUGUAGUUUUGCGGGUGUUCUUGAGCACCGGUUGGAAAAGGCCAAAGCAUCAGCAUUUGAAAUCCCAACAUUUUUUUCUGAUUCAUGGUAUUUCUUGUCCAAGCCAAGCAAACGAGUUUUUUCACCUGAAGUCAGAGCCAGCUGCGAGUUAUAUGGCGGCCAUCUUGCAGCAAUCAACAACGUUAAUGAAUGGGAUUUCUUGAGAAAUUACUCCUCUAGCUUUGGUGCUGGUGUGAAAAUGGUGAUGAUAGAAGGCACGGAUGAUUCACAUGAGCUCCAGUGGGUGUCCAUGCAGACCAACACCAACCUAACCUACACCAGAUGGGCCACUGGACAACCCACAUCAGAUGCCGCCAAAAAUUGUUUGUUUCUGGCCAAAGAUUUGGGAUGGAACAUGACAGCUAAUUCCUGUACACUAGACGAUAUUAACUUACUGCCAAGGUUUUUAUGUAAAAGUUAUUAAACUUAAAAUCAUUCAC